AUGACAAGGUUCCAGGGAGCUUCCACGGACUCGCCGUCGGUUGGCGUUAAGCGGCCGCAAUCCUAUCAGUCGUCGAAACUCCCGCCCAACGCCCCUCGUGUCAUCGCAGAGAAUACUGUCGAUAUUUCGGACUCCAGACAGGUGCUACCCUGGUACAGAGAUGAGCGGCGAAGACAGUUUAAUCUGCUAGUACGGAGAUACAAGAGUCAGGUCCUAUAUGGCUGCCAAAAUCCUGACUGCAUCACUCCCACCUGUGCCAGCUUCCGAAGACGUAUAACCGAAGGACCCUUUCGUCGCUAUACCGAGUUGAGCGCGCGGACACUUGCUUGCUACCUGGCAAGUCAGGAUAAUGCGGAGAGCGGCUUGUGCUGCAAUCCACCAAGAGUGCCGUCAGACUUCCCCACGCCUGAACAUCCCAAGAGAUUUAGUAGGCGGAGUUCUACUACUCCUGUGCAAGAGCUUGAUGGGGAACAUGAUCAGUCGUCGUAUUUGGAUGUGACGCACGCGGAGUCAAACAAUGCCGAUCAGACACCAGCAGAGGAUAUUGCGAUACACGAUGACAUGCCUACACAGAGAAUGAAAGAUCCGAAAUCAUUCACCCAAAAUUUGUUCGAUACACUCUCGUUACGGAUGGUGGAAUGGCUCCCUCUGCGUCGCUCCCCAGAUGCGUUUGAUCCCGGAACAGGCGAAACAUUGAGCCAAGACGCAGCCUCUUACCCGAAACCUCAGCAUCCACGCAAUGGGAGUGCCACAAAGACGAUUAGAUCGGAUCCCGAUCAUGGAUCCCAUACUCCGUCUCAUAAGCAGGGAGGAAAUAACCCGCAGACCCCUUCAUCUCGAGGCAAUGGAACACAACCAGUGGCGAAGGAAGUGAAGUCAUUAAACCAACAUAUGAAACGCCUAUCACUCAGUGAGGUUGAUCACUGGCGCCAGAACCCCCGUCUGUCUAUGGAGGAGAAGACUCGAUUUGAUCCAAAAUCCGGCCGCAAGAUGUCUAUUAGCACGCGUCAAAACCGAAAUGAACCCGUCAGCAUGCCCUCGCCGCCCGCAUUGAAACAUCGUCCGCAGAAGCACCGAGGUAAAUUGAACGAUCAAAGCGAUACUUACCCCGCGGAGUGCAAGAAACAAAGACGCGUGUCUUGGGAUGGGUCGAAAGUCCUUAAUGACCCAGAUUAUCAUGAAGCCCAAAAAUCCGCGAUUCAAUCUUCCGACCUUCAGAAUGCAUCAAAUACCCCUCGCUCGAAGUGUCGCAAAACGGAUAGGAAGAAAAAGAGCUACAAGAUGGAGAACUUUGCUGUUGCACAGAGCGUGAGCCACCUAACAAGCGAAAUCGUCGAUGGACUGAGCCAAAUGAUGAUUGGGUCGGAAGAUGACGCCGACAGGUGGAAGCAGGAGUUAAGUUGCAUGGAAUUAAGCGGUAGUUUCGACAACUCAGAGUGGCGAUACGCAACGCUUCGUCAACGCCAGGUCUUCACAUUUGUCGCCCAGACCGUGUUCUACGUAUUGAGCGGCACCAAGCAAAUUGUCAGUUCCUUUCGCAAGGAACGCGGGGAUGCAGACGACACGAAGGCGAGAACAGCUCCUGAUUUACAAAAUCUUGAAACAUCUCUACGGAACCUUUUCAACAUUUGCCCUCAGGACAUCGCGUUGCAUAGCCUGUGGAAGGCAUUGGAGAGUCUCUUUGUUCCGCCAACAGAUUUCUCUCGACCUGCUAGAAAACCACGCGGUUCAUCGCAUGAUUCACCCAUAGUAACCCCUCUAUUUACACCGAUUAUCCAGCGUCGCGCAUCAGAACCAUUGGAAGAAGAGCCUGUGUCAGAUGUCAAUGCUGCAUAUGUUGCGACGAUUACUCUCUUUGCACUUGUCAGUACUUUGCCUCGAGUGGAUUCACAGACCUGGAAUGAAGUCCUCCAAAUGCGUGCUGCCGGCAAUAUUGCCUCAAACUCGGAGAUGCGACUUCUUUCUUUACCGAGGGCUCGUUCAGUAGUGGAUGUCACGGAUAAGCUCGAGCAUGAAUUGGGCUUGCAACUUGUGAGCCGCUUGGUACGCGCUAUCACCGCUCGCCUCGCAUAUCAUGACAUCUCCAAAGCCCGGCAGAUUUAUUCCUAUGAUUCGCCGAAACAGCAGAAGAAUAGUGUUCUAGACAUGAUUAUGGACAACCUCAGUGAUCACUACCAUUCAACGAUUACCACCCAAGGUGAUCAAGUUUUGGCGCCCUCCGAGACACAGCCUGUCACGGCAAAUUUAAUUGUGGAGUGGCUUCGAACACUGUUCCUGAAGGAGUGGGAUGGCAAACCGGAGAUGGCUCGGAGCAGUGUAACUGGCGGUGUUGUCCAGAUAUUGGCGUCUAUGUACAAAGAACGCCACCGCUUGGGAUUGGCUCCAGAGGACUUCCAUACCUCAUUCUUGUCUGACAGGCUCGAUCCUAUGGAGAUGCCUACAGAAUGGCUGGGCAGCCUGUCGAACAACAAGACGAUACAUGUUCUAUCGUAUCCCUUUCUUUUUCCCUCGUCGGCAUUGGUCAUUUAUUUUCGCGCCCUGAACUAUGCGACCAUGUCGAAGUCUUACGAGACGGCAAUGACCACUACUCGACAUGUCACACAGACCGCAUUCAGUGCCAUCCAAGUACAGGAUGAUGUUGGACUUCUGGGCCGGCUCAAGACCUCCAUGUCGACCUACUUGGUCCUCGUUGUCCGGCGAAGCGAUGUUCUGACCGAUGCGCUUAACCAACUUUGGCGACGUGAGCGACGUGAGCUGAUGCGUCCCCUCAAAGUCCAGAUGGGGAUGGACGAGGGAGAAGAAGGUGUCGACCAUGGCGGCGUCCAACAGGAAUUCUUCCGAGUGGUCAUGGCUGAAGCCUUGGAUCCGCUUCAUGGCAUGUUUACCAUGGACAGUCGGAACCGAAUCUCCUGGUUUAAACCUGGGUCAUUGGAACCGCUGUACAAAUUUGAGCUUCUUGGACUGCUAAUGUCACUUGCAGUCUACAAUGGGCUUACUCUCCCGGUCACAUUCCCUGUGGCCUUAUAUCGCAAGCUACUUGGGCUAAAGGUUAAACAUUUAGAUCAUAUCCGCGAUGGGUGGCCUGAACUCGCCAAGGGUCUUGAUGAUCUUCUGUCAUGGCAUGAUGGCGAUGUUGGCGAUAUAUUCUUGCGGACAUACGAGUUUAGCUUUGAAACAUUUGGUGAAGUGGAGUCUGUCGACAUGCAAAGGGUUGGCCGGGACGAUAUCUGGCCGCCUCCCUCCUUCAGGUCUUCUCGCACUGCCGAGGAUGCAUCUCUGUUGUGUUCUCCCGCUUCACCAUCAACGCCACGCCGUUCCAAAACGUACAGCCCGAGUCCACCAUCUUCAAUGAGUGCCGAGAUGUCCCUUGUUGAAGCUGUCGCCGAAGACCUAACCGGUGAGCAACCGGAUAGGCCUGCAACGCCCACAGACGAAGCCGCUUUGGUGACGAAUGAGAAUCGGAACCAGUUCGUGAAGGAUUAUGUCUUCUGGUUGACCGACAAAUCGGUUCGAGCUCAGUACGAGGCUUUUGCACGCGGGUUCUAUACAUGUCUUGACCGCGCAGCGCUCUCAAUCUUCACUGCCGAGGCCUUGAAAACAGUUGUCGAGGGUAUUCAAGAGAUAAACAUACAGGAAUUGAAGCGCCACACGCGGUACGAAGGAGGUUUUGGACCUUCCAGCCGUGUCAUCCGUGACUUUUGGAGUAUCGUCAAACGGUUCUCGCCUGAGCAAAAGGCGCAUCUUCUCGAGUUUGUGACGGCCAGUGACCGCGUUCCGGUCAACGGCAUCUCGAGCAUCAUGUUUGUCAUCCAGAAAAAUGGCACCGGAGAUGUUCGCCUACCGACCAGUCUGACUUGUUUUGGCCGCUUACUGCUCCCCGAGUACUCUUCCAAAAAGGUCCUGGAGGAGAAACUCACCAAGGCACUGGAGAAUGCUCAAGGCUUCGGAGUCGCUUGA